ACAUUUAUUUGUGGUUUCUAUCUCUGUCUCUAUAUAUACAACAUUGUUUAGCAUGCAGCUAAUUGUAACUAAUAUUUCCAAACUCACUCACUGAGGCCUAAAACACAGUAUUGGUGCAACCGCAAACAAAAUGGUCUCAACUGUUCCUUCACCAAAACUUUUUGUGGCAUUCCUCUUUGUCACAACCUUCCUCUCUUCCUUUCCCGAAUUUAUUCUCGCCACUAGUUCAAAGCAUGGAAGCGUUACAAGGCACUACAAGUUUGAUAUAAGGUUGAAAAAUGUUACGAGGCUGUGCCACACAAAGAGCAUUGUUACAGUGAACGGGAAGUUCCCUGGUUCUAGAAUUGCUGCAAGAGAAGGUGACACAAUUGUGGUUAAGGUGGUCAAUCAUGUUCCCAACAAUGUCACCAUACACUGGCAUGGAAUUAGACAGCUUCGAAGUGGAUGGGCAGAUGGUCCAUCUUACAUAACUCAAUGUCCCAUUCAAACUGGUCAGAGUUAUGUGUACAACUUCACCAUAGUUGGACAAAGAGGAACUCUUUUCUGGCAUGCUCACAUUUCAUGGUUAAGAGCCACUCUCUAUGGACCUCUUAUCCUCCUCCCUAGGCUCAACGAAUCUUACCCUUUUCAAAAACCCCACAAGGAAGUUCCCAUCCUCUUUGGUGAGUGGUGGAACGCUGACCCAGAGGCUGUUAUUGCACAAGCCCUUCAGACAGGGGGUGGCCCAAAUGUUUCAGAUGCCUACACCUUUAAUGGAUUUCCUGGACCCCUCUACAAUUGCUCCAAUAACGAGACAGAGACUGAGACGUUCAGGUUAAAGGUGAAACCAGGGAAGACAUACCUUCUUCGUUUGAUCAAUGCUGCACUCAAUGAUGAGCUCUUUUUCAGCAUUGCGAAUCACACCCUGGUCAUUGUUGAAGCUGAUGCUACUUACGUUAAACCUUUUGAGUCCGAGAUCAUAGUCCUAGGACCGGGACAAACAUCAAACGUUCUGUUAAAGACAAAACCUGAGUACCCAAAUGCCACUUUCUUCAUGCUAGCAAGGCCAUAUUCCACUGGCACGGGCACUUUCGACAAUUCCACAGUUGCUGGCAUUCUAGAGUACAAGAAACCACUUGCUCCCAAAAACAUUCCCACUUUAAAACCCUCCCUUCCAGCCAUCAAUGACACUUCCUUCGUUGCCAACUUCUCUAGCAAACUUCGCAGUUUGAACACUGCCAAGUACCCUGCCCAGGUACCUCAAAAAGUUGACAAGAGCUUUUUCUUCACGGUUGGACUUGGAACAAGUCCCUGCCCCAAAAACCAGACAUGCCAAGGACCAAACAACAGUUCAAAAUUUGCAGCCUCGAUGAACAACAUAUCUUUCACUCUUCCUUCUAUAGCACUUCUUCAGCAACAUUUCUUUGGGCAGGCUAAUAACGGCAUUUACACCACUGAUUUUCCUGCUGUGCCAUUGAGACCAUUCAACUACACGGGGACCCCACCGAACAACACAAGGGUCACCAAUGGAACCAAGACUGUGGUCAUACCCUUUAACACAAGCGUGCAAGUGGUGCUUCAGGAUACCAGCAUUUUAGGAGCUGAGAGCCACCCUUUGCACCUUCAUGGCUUUAAUUUCUAUGUUGUUGGUCGAGGCUUUGGGAACUUUAAUCCCAACACCGACCCUCCAAAAUUCAAUCUGGUUGACCCAGUUGAAAGGAACACUGUUGGUGUCCCCUCUGGUGGUUGGGUUGCAAUCCGGUUCCUUGCUGAUAACCCAGGUGUGUGGCUGAUGCACUGUCACUUUGAUGUGCACUUUAGUUGGGGGUUGAGGAUGGCCUGGAUUGUUGAGGAUGGGAAGCUCCCUAAUCAGAAGUUGCCUCCUCCACCAGCUGAUCUACCCAAGUGUUGAUCAUGAUGCUUUCUGCCAAAAUUUUCCUUCCUGUUUGAUUUUCCAGUUCUAAGUUAAUUAAUUUCCGGAUUUUUGGUUUGCCAACUAUGAAAGAGUUAUGAAAGAGUGAAGAGUCACCAUCCUAAUAGCCAUUUCAGUUUUUCUUUCUUUCUAUCAUCCAGACACCUUCUGGAUCACUUUUCUAUACUUCCACUCCACCUAAUUUUCUUGUGCUGAUAAAAUAAGGGUGUAUGAAGUUAUAGCAUCCAGAAUUUGAAUGUAUUUACCUUUCAAAAUCUAAUAAAAACUUACCUCCAUUCAAAUGAUCUA